ACCGUGAUUUUUACAUUACAAUAAUAGUGCCUGGGUUUCUUCAAAAUUCGGUAUGUAAUUACUAUUCUGUAUGUUAGUGGGUUAUUCAUGACAACUGUUUUAGGCAUAAUAAUUAUAUUUUUAAUUUGACUAAUCGGUAAUCACUAAUAUUUUUUUGUCUGUUAAAUACUCCGUAAUGAUUUAUUUGUUUUGUACAACUAAUUCGAAAUGUGUAAAUUCCUAAUAGUUAACUAUUAGUUUUAUAUACAAUUUUACCAGUAAUAAUGGCCUCAGAUGACUGUAAUAAUCUUAAGUAUGAUGAAGCAUGUUUGCAAGUUUGGGCACAAAAUUCUUCCGAUGUAUACCUUUGGACGCAGUCAGAAGAAUGCUACAACUGUGAUUUAUUAAAAACAGCCAAUAUAACUAAUAACAAGAUUACAAGUAUUCGUUUAAAAACAGUAUAUCGUCUGUGGUUACAUUUGACAAAUGACCAAAAUGAAUCAUUUUACAACUGCAGAACCCUUUAUAAUUUUGAAGAACAUGGUACUUAUCAAUGGAACAUAACAAACAAUUUGAAAUGUUCACAAAUUGAACAAAUAUUACCUCCUCAUAACUUUUAUAUGGCUUUUUUUUAUGCCUUAUUACUUAUUAUACCAUCUUUUGCUGUCUGGUUUUUUAUUAUAUACAUACAAAGAACUAACAUAGUGCCAUCUGUGUUCCGGUUCUCAUCAAAAACAGAUUUGGACAUAGAAAAUACUGCUCCUAAGUGUGAUGUAACAAUAAGUCAUGGUUCUGAUGUCGAAUUAAAUAAUGUGGAUUUUGGUACUGGUUCAAAUGAACCUGUAAUCAUUCAUCCUCAAAUUCCAACGCCAGUGAAGAACACAAGUUAUCGCAUUACGUCAUUAGAUGCAUUUAGAGGGAUAUCAAUGACACUGAUGAUAUUCGUCAACUUAGGCGGUGGGCGAUACUGGUUUUUUCAACAUGCUCCAUGGAACGGUGUAACAAUAGCAGACUUCAUAUUGCCAUGGUUUUGUUGGGUGAUGGGUGUUAGUAUCGCCAUAUCAUUACGAUCUCAACUACGUUCCAGCACUAAACGAAAAUAUGUAUUUGGCCGCAUUGUUCGAAGGUCUAUUGUCCUAUUGAUAAUGGGCUUAGUACUAAAUUCGGUACACCACAACAAUUUAAAUACGUUCAGACCGAUGGGCGUGUUGCAGAGACUAGCUAUUAUAUACUUCAUAGCCGCAACUUUAGAGACGAUUUUCAUGAGACCUCAACCAUAUUUUACAAACACAAAAUUUGACAUAGUUAGAGACAUUAUUGAAAGUGGUCCACAGUGGCUUGUAGUUAUUUUCCUAGUAAGUAUACACUUAGCUGUUACCUACUUGUUGCCUGUGCCUGGGUGUCCCAAAGGAUACUUGGGCCCCGGUGGUUUGUACAACCAUUCCUCUAACUUAAAUUGUACUGGCGGUGCAGCUGGCUACAUCGACAGAUUGGUGCUUGGUGAAAACCAUAUGUACUACGGUACAGCUACACCGGUAUACCAGUCCAGGCCAUUUGACCCCGAAGGCAUUUUAAGUACUUUAACAAAUGUUUUACUAGUCUAUAUGGGUGUACACGCAGGCCGUAUUAUUUUAUGUUACCAAUACACGAAUGAACGAAUUAAACGUUGGAUUGCUUGGACACUUGUAUUAGGUGCAGCGAGUGGUAUUUUGUGUAAUUUUUCCAAAGAAGAUGGAUUAAUACCACUAAACAAGAACAUGUUUUCUUUGUCUUAUGCAUUUAUUGCUGGCAGUUCAGCUUUUUUCUUAUUCAUGUUAUUAUUUUUAAUCAUAGAACAUUGGAGACUUUGGAGUGGUUCUCCAUUUUGUGAAAUAGGUCAAAAUUCCAUAUUAUUAUUUGUCGGUCACGAAAUUUUGUACGACACGCUCCCGUGGUGUUGGGAACCUGUGAACGAUACCUCGCACACCGAAUACCUAGUGAUGCAUUGUUGGGCUACAAUAUUUUGGUGUGUCAUUGCGUUAGUAAUGCACAAAAAAAACAUAUUUAUUGUUGUUUAAGUAACUGGCAAUAAUCAAUGAUGUUAUUAUUAUGGAAUUACUUUUAAUUCAAACAAAUAAUUAACCUGGAUUUCUUUUUUAUAUUAUGAAGCCAUACAGAUUUUUUACUCAAAUGCACUUACUCAGAUUUAAAUUGAAAUUCAUUAUAAUAUAACCAAAUAAAAAAAAAGUGAAAUGGAUCUCAACUUUAAUUUCUAAAAUUUUUGGUUUU